AUGGUGGAUUAUUACAAAGUCCUUGGACUGCAAAAAAGUGCCUCACAGGAUGACGUUAAGAAAUCCUACCACCGACUGGCACUGAAAUGGCAUCCUGAUAAGAACCUCAGCAACAAGGAGGAAGCUGAAAAGAAAUUCAGAGCAGUCACCGAGGCAUACAAGGUUUUGUCCGACCCCCAUAAACGAUCGCUCUAUGACAGCUCUGUUAAGGAGAGCAGAGCCCACAGAGGAAGAAGUGCCGCAGAGGGUCAUGAUGAAUCCUUUAGUUCCCCUUGCGCAGUCAACGACCUCAAGGAGAUGGUUAGGAAUCUCUUUGGAGGGAUGGACUCCUUCCACGACACUGGAAACAAUGGUGAAAACUGGUACAGGACACAUGGAAGAAGAAGGUCCAGCCUGUCUCCUGACUGUAUGGAGUCAUGUGCACCAUGGAUGUCAUUCAACCCUGCCGCCUUCUUUGCUGAGAACACAGCUGGGCCACACCUAGUCAGAUCAGUGUUAACCACUACUAAACUGAUCAAUGGCAAGAGGAUAACCACCCGGAAAACCAUCGAGGACAGGAAGGAGACAAUAGAAGUGGAAGAGGACAGCCAGCUGAAGUCUGUGACAAUAAACGGGAGAGAACUGGAGCUCUCCCUUGUGCCCAUGUCUCACAGGGAAGAAUCCGUCCCUGAGACACCUCUUGGCAAUUAA